AUGAUUUCUGCUAAGAAAACUCCGGAGAAGAGUCGUUAUCCUGUCCACUAUUUGGUGUGGCACAACAAACACCGGCAGCUGGAGAAGGAGCUGGCAGCGAACGAGCAGACUGAUUUAGAGUCUCUGGACCCUCGUGGUCGGACUCCUCUCCACCUGGCUGUCACGCUGGGCCACCUGGACUGUGCCAGGGUCCUGCUGCAGCGCGGAGCUGAUGUUAGCAAGGAGAACCGCAAUGGAUGGACCGUUCUUCAGGAGGCAGUGAGUACACGAGAUCCGGAGUUGGUGCGUCUCGUGCUCCGUUACCGUGACUACCAGAGGACUGCCAAGAGGCUGGCGGGCAUCCCCGUCCUGCUGGAGCAACUGCGCCAAGCUCAGGACUUCUACGUGGAGAUGAAAUGGGAGUUUACCAGCUGGGUGCCCCUGGUGUCUCGUAUCUGCCCCAGCGACACCUAUAGAGUUUGGAAGAGUGGCCAGUGUCUCCGCGUUGACACCACCCUGAUGGGCUUCGACCAGAUGACCUGGCAGAGAGGAAACCGGAGCUUCAUUUUCAGGGGACAAGACUCCAGCGCGGAGGUGAUGGAGGUCGACCACGACAGGCAGCUGGUGUUCUGCGAGACCUUGUGCGUGGCGUCUCUCGCGACGCUCUCGCCCGGCGGCGCCUGCAGCAGCAACGCCGCCGGUCUGAACCUUCUGGGGGCGACGCAGCCCACCGACGAGCAGGUAGCAGCCAGGCUGUCUGCCGCCGUGGUCACUACUCAGCUGGACACCCGCAACAUCGCCUUCGAGAGGAACAAGACGGGCAUACUGGGCUGGAGGAGCGAGAAGACCGAGACAGUGAAUGGAUAUGAAGCCAAGGUGUUCGCAGCAUCCAACGUGGAGCUGAUCACCAGGACCAGAACUGACCAUCUGUCAGACCAGAACAAGAACAAGACAAAAGGUGGGAAGACUCCACUGCAGAACUUCCUCGGGAUUGCUGAGCAACACCUGGGACCCAACAACGGCGCCCUGGUGACCCAGAUGACGUGUCCCGUGAUCACCAACCCCGCGGCGCUGACGGCCGAGGAAUACUUCAACCCCGGCUCGUCGCCGACUCAGAGGGACAUCGGCCACCCGUGCCAGCUCACCACCAAGACCCAGAGGUUUAAAGCCAAGCUGUGGCUGUGCGAGUCCCACCCUCUGUCCCUGGCCGAACAAGUGGUGCCCAUCAUCGACCUCAUGGCGAUCUCCAACGGCCUGUUCGCCAAGCUGCGAGACUUCAUCACUCUGCGUUUGCCGCCUGGCUUCCCCGUCAUGAUCGAGAUCCCGCUCUACCACAUCCUCAACGCCAGGAUCACCUUCAGCAACCUGAACGGCUGCGAGGAAGGCUCCGGCGUGCGGGCGGACAACGACGUGGGGGUGGAGGGGGACGGCCGGAGGGACGCCCCGAGGACAGAGACCCCAUCUCCGGGCAGCGACUCCUCCAGCGUCUCCAGCUCCAGUUCCACCACGUCGUGUCGGGCCGGAGAGAUCCCCCCGUGUGUGUUCGAGGCCCCGGCCGGAUACUCCAUGCUAACGGGGGGCAAACAGAGAGACAGCAUGGGGGACGAGGAGGAGGACCUGCUGCAGUUUGCCAUACAGCAGAGUCUGCUGGAGGCCGGCUCCGAAUACGAUCAGGUGACCAUCUGGGAGGCGCUGACCAACAGCAAGCCAGGAACACACCCUCUGCCCUGCGACCCAAGUCGUCUGGAGAGGACCCCCCAGCACAAGCCCCGAGCCCCCUCCAGCCUCUCCUCCACCCCCUCCAAGAAGCAGCCGACCACCUGCAGCUACAACGAGCAGCUGCGCAUUGCCAUGGAGAUCUCGGCUCGAGAGCAGGAAGAGGCGGAGCUCCGGCGGCGGCGGGAAGAGGCCGAGCUGCAGCACAUCAUCCGGCUGUCACUCAUGGAGAAAUGAGAGCAGAGUGGCGGUGGCC